CCGCAGCCUGGGAGCUACGCGCGCCCUCCUCCUGCUGCGAGCGAGCCGCGGAGGGGAACCGUGAGGGCGGACGGCAGAGAAAGCGCGGGAAGAGCUCCAGCGCUUCCCCCCCCUCUCUCGUCUCUCUGGCCAGCCAGCAGAGCCAGCUCAAGUCAACUGCGCACGAGAAGGACUUGUCAAGAAGGAGCGUCCCGCGGGAGGGUGGACGUACGGGGACGACAAAAGCGCGGGAACGCCGCGUGAGGGGCAGAGAGAGAAGCAGCAGCAAUAACAACAGCAGCAGCAGCCAUGUCCGUGUCUGACGAGAUGGACAGUCCCGGCUACGCUGCGGGGGGGCGACCUCAGUAUGGAUCCGUGCUGGACAAUGAGCGGAUGUCAGCAGAGGAGAUGGAUGAAAGGAGGAAGCAGAACAUUGCCUAUGAAUACCUCUGCCACCUUGAGGAGGCAAAACAGUGGAUGGAAGCGUGCCUCAAUGAGGAGCUCCCCCCGACCACCGAACUGGAGGAGGGUCUCAUGAAUGGCGUCUUCCUCUCCAAGCUGGGGAACUUCUUCGCUCCGGAAGUCGUGUCGCUGAGGAAGAUCUACGACAAAGAGCAGACGCGCUACAAGGCCAUGGGACUGCAUUUUCGACACACUGACAACAUCAUCCACUGGCUUCGAGCCAUGGAAGCCAUCGGUCUGCCCAAGAUCUUCUACCCCGAGACGACAGACAUAUACGACCGGAAAAACAUGCCACGGUCUAUCUACUGCAUCCAUGCGCUCAGCCUGUAUUUGUUCAAGCUGGGCAUUGCACCCCAGAUACAAGACCUGUAUGGGAAAGUAAAUUUCACCGAGGAGGAGAUCAACAACAUGCGCAAGGAGCUGGAAAAGUACGGCAUUCAAAUGCCGGCAUUCAGCAAGAUCGGCGGAAUCCUGGCGAACGAGCUGUCUGUGGACGAGGCUGCACUGCACGCGGCCGUGAUUGCCAUUAACGAGGCGAUCGAUCAUGGCGUGGCCAAGGAGACCAUGGUGGCACUGCGCAACCCCAAUGCCAUGCUGGUUAACCUGAACGAGCCGCUGUCACCGGUCUACCAGGAGACGCUGUUGCAUGCCAAGCAGGACAAGGCCACCAACGCCCGCAAUAAGUCGAUGUCGGAUGCCUCCAGCAAAGAGAGAGAUGUAUACGAGGAACUGCUGACUCAAGCCGAAAUCCAGGGCAACAUCAACAAAGUCAACAUGCAAGCCGCUUUGGAGCAGGUGGACGAAGCCUUGGAGAAGCGAGACGAGGAAGCCAUGAUCCUAGCGCUCAAACUGCAGGCACUGGCCCUCACUGGGGUCCAGUCCCAGAACUCGCCCUGGUACCUGGAGCAACUGAGCAGUGAUCGUCAGCUGAAAGGGCAGGAGUCGGGUUCUUUCGAACCCCUGAGCAAGGAUGAGCUGCAAUCUGGAGUCAGAAUUGCCAAUGAGGAGUCAUCUCGCCACAAGCAAAAGCUGAAGGCCAUAUCUCACUGCAACGAGGUGAUCCGGCGUGGUGUGGCGGCCGACACCGUCGUCGCGCUCAUGCAGUCGGAGGCACAGCUGCCCGACGUGCAUCCCUUUGCCGCCGACCUCUACCAGAGCGAGCUGGCCGCGCUGCAGACACAGAGCCCCUCCGGCGAGCUGGCCCACGAGGAGAUGUACGUGGCAGUGGAGAUGCUGUCAGCGGUGGCACUCAUCAACCAAGCUCUGUCGUCGGGCGACAGGCCAGGCGUGUGGAAAGGCCUCACCAGUCCCGCCGCCGGCCUGGCCAACUUGGAGGAUGAAAACACACAGAAGUACAUUGACUCGCUGCUCAUUCAGAAGACUCAGUCGGCAGCCCAAGGCAAAGAGUUCCUCACGUGGAACGACAUCCAGAGCGGCGUGGAGGACGUCAACGGCACCGUGCAGCAGGAGCACGAACGGAUCGUGGCGAUCGGCCUCAUCAACGACGCCCUUGACAGCGAGGACCCCCAGAAGAUACUGAAGGCGCUGCAACACCCAGCCGCCAAACUGCUUGGCGUGGACCCGUCGCUCGCGCGCCACUACCAAAACGUGCUGCGGCAGGCCAAGGCCAACAAGGCUAAGGCAAAUGGAGAUCCCUCGGCUGUCCUUUGGCUGGAGGAGAUUCAAGAAGCAAUUUACAGGGCCAACAAGCAAAACGAAGAGACUCAGCGUUUGGCGGUGGCGGUGGCAGCUAUCAACAUCGCGGUGGAUGAAGGCGAUGCGUCACAGACGUUUUCUAUGUUGCGUUCACAAGACGUGGGUCUGCGUGGCGUCGUGGAGGAAUGCAGUGACACCUAUCAGUCUGAGCUGUACGAUGCCAAGCAGGAGAAGAUGGUGCAAGGGGACAAUGGGAGCCAGUGGGUUCAGCACCGCACCAGGGAAGGUUUCGACUAUUACUUCAACCUCCAGGAGCUUCACGGCACGUGGGAGCAGCCCAAGGGAUUUGUGCAGAACAACACGCAGCUGAACCGUGAAGACAUCCAGAACUCGGUGAGCCAAGUGACGGCAGCGUACAACCGCGAGCAGAUGUGGCUGGCUCACGAGCCAACCAUCGUGAAGCUGCAGGCGCAAUGCCGCGGGUUCCUUGCGCGCCGCAGUUUCCAAGCCAAGCGGGACUUCUUCCAAGAGCAGGUCCCGGCCAUCACCAAGAUACAGGCUACCUGGAGGGGGUUCAAGCAGAAAAAAGCUUAUCAAAACCGACUGAAAGAAUUGCACAGUGAUGUCCCGUCUGUUGUCAAGCUGCAGUCGUUGGUACGCAUGUGGAGGGAUCGCAAGAAGUACCAGGAGAGAAAGAAGUACUACCGGGACAAUAUGGAGUCCAUUGUCAAGAUCCAAGCCUUUUUGAGGGCAAACAAGGCCAGAGAGGAUUACAGAACACUGAUCAGCGCGGAGGACGCACCGGUCAACGUGGUGCGCAAGUUCGUGCACCUCCUGGAGCAGAACGACCUGGACUUUCACGAGGAGCUGGAGGUGAUGCGUUGCCGCGAGGAGGUGAUGACCAACAUCCGCUCGAACCAGCAGCUGGAGCAGGACCUCAACACGAUGGACAUCAAGAUUGGGCUGCUCGUCAAGAACCGAAUUACUCUCGAGGACGUGGUGUCGCACAGCACCAAACUGAAGAAAAAGAACAAGGAGCAGGUGGCGGGCAUGAUGGUGGCAGACAAGCAGAAGGGCCUCAAGUCGCUCAGCAAAGAGAAGCGGCAGAAGCUGGAGGCCUACCAGCACCUCUUCUACCUCCUGCAGACAAACCCGACGUACCUGGCCAAGCUCAUCUUCCAGAUGCCUCAGAACCGAUCGACCAAGUUCAUGGACGCGGUGAUCUUUUCCCUGUACAAUUACGGCUCCAAUCUGCGCGAGGAGUACCUUCUCCUGAAGCUCUUCAAGACGGCCCUGGAGGAGGAGAUCAAGUCCAAGGUGGACCAGAUGCAGGACAUUGUGACGGGAAACCCGACCGUCAUCAAGAUGGUGGUGAGCUUCAACCGUGGCACGCGAGGGCAGAAUGCCCUACGGCAGCUGCUGGGACCUCUGGUGAAGGAGGUCAUCGAGGACAAGGCCCUGAACAUCAACACGAACCCUGUGGAGGUCUACAAGGCCUGGGUCAACCAGAUGGAGAGUCAAACGGGAGAGGCCAGCAACCUGCCGUACGACGUGGCUCCCGAGCAAGCGCUGGCGCACGACGAUGUCAAGAAGAGGAUGGAGACGUCGAUCCGCAACCUCCGCAUGGCCACCGACAAAUUCCUCGUUUCCAUUUUCAACUCCCUCGACAACAUCCCCUAUGGCAUGCGGUACAUUGCCAAGGUGCUGAAGAACUCUCUGCGUGAGAAGUUCCCCGAUGCCACAGACGAUGAACUCCUCAAGAUCGUCGGCAACCUGCUCUACUACCGCUACAUGAACCCGGCCAUCGUCGCCCCCGACGGCUUCGACAUCAUCGACAUGUCGGCGGGCGGGCAGCUGCACAGUGAUCAGCGCCGCAACCUGGGCUCCGUGGCCAAGGUGCUGCAGUUCGCUGCCUCCAACAAGAUUUUCGAGGGCGACAGCGCGCACCUGGCCUCCAUGAAUGCCUACUUGUCCGAGGCCAGCCAAAAGUUCAGGAAGUUUUUCCAGGCGGCGUGCGAGGUUCCCGAGCCCGAGGACAAGUUCAGCAUCGACGAGUACUCGGACCUGGUGACCGUGUCCAAGCCCGUGAUCUACACCACCGUGGGCGAGCUCAUCAACACGCACUCGUUACUGCUGGAACACGAGGACGCGAUCGCUCCGGAUCACAACGACCCCCUGCAUGAGCUGCUGCUGGACCUGGGGGAGGUUCCCAACCUGCAGGCGCUCAUCGGCGAGGGUGGGGGAGACGCUUCUGACCCCAACAAGGAGGCGCAGCUGGCCAAGACAGAGAUGUCUCUCACUCUGACCAGCAAGUUUGAGGUGCCAGAAGGAGAUGACAGCAACAUGAAGAGCCUGCUGCUCAAGACCAAAAGGCUCAUUGUGGACGUCAUCCGUGUGCAGCCUGGAGACACUCUCGCCGAGAUCCUGAAGACUCCAGCCACAUCUGAGCAGGAGGUGGAGCAUGCGAUGAUGAUCCAGAGGCGGACCAUCAUGGCGGCGAAGACGCCAGAGAAGAUGAAAGGCGGCCAGGUGCUGGCCGAGGCCGACCAGCCGCUGGAUAAGAAGAAGCGCACCAUCGCCAAGAACCUGAAGAUCCUGGAGUCGGCUUCCCUCGUCUCGUCGGCCGCCAACUACCAGCAGCUCAUCAAUGACAUCGCCAAGGACAUCCGCAAUCAGCGUCGCUACCGGCAGAGGCGUAAGGCGGAGCUGGUGAAGCUGCAGCAGACUCUGAAUGCCCUCAACUCCAAAACGACCUUCUACGAGGAGCAAAUCGACUACUACAACAAGUACAUCAAGACCUGCCUCGACAACCUGGCCCGCAGUGGCAAGAACUCGCGGCGAUCGGUGCAUCAAGGCAGCAGCGCCAAGGGUAGUUCAGGCAAGAAGGUGAAGCAGACGAACCUGCGCUACACGGCAGCGCGGCUGCACGAGAAAGGAGUGCUGCUGGAGAUCGAAGGGCUUCAGCCCAGCCAGUUCAAGAAUGUGCUCUUUGACAUCAGCCCCUCGGACGAGGUGGGCGAUUUCGAUGUGAGAGCAAAGUUCAUGGGAGUGGAGAUGGAGAAAGUACAGCUGCAUUUCCAGGACCUGUUGCAGUUGCAGUACGAGGGGGUGGCCGUCAUGAAGAUCUUCGACAAGGCAAAGGUCAACGUCAACCUGCUCAUCUUCCUGCUCAACAAGAAAUUCUAUGGAAAGUGAGGGGGUGCCCCCCUGUGGCAGGGUAUGGGGGGGGAUAAACGUCUUGGGCGAGUGGGUCCUUAGUUAGACCUUAGACCCCCCCCCCCUGCCGCCACCACCCUCUUCCCCAAUAUGACCCCAAGGUGUGCCUCCUUGUUUUUAAAAGCACACACUUUUUCCGUAUGCUUCUGCCCCAAACCCUCCUCUCGCUCUCCUCCCACCCAGGUGAAUGUACGUAGCGUUUGUGUAUCCACGGCGGGGAAGGGAGCCGUGGCCGAAAAUAAGAUUAAAUUCCACGCGUCACGAUGUAAUGAAAUUAAGUGUGGGAGGUGGGGGGGCGGAAAACGCGCCGAUUUUUUUUUAGUUUUCUAAAUGCGGAGGCGCUACUGUUAUUGUAUUGAACCCUCUCACUCACGGAAUGAUGCACGUGCUCACAAACUUGGGGAAAGGAAUGACAAUUGGUGAACAGUUCUGUUUUUAACCUUUGCACAAUGUACACGACAGCUAAUUAAGCUGGCAGUAAGAAUAAAAAAUUUGUAUAACCCGUUUAUAUACAUAUUUUGUUUUCCUUAAGUAAAAGUUAGAAUGUUUGAACACUCUUUUGAACAGUACAUAGAUUACAUUCUGCACUUACCAUUUGACAAUCACGUCUUGAAACACUUAGUUGUCAUUUAUAGGGUAAUAUUUAUACAUUACAAAUUAAUUAACACUAUUCUCUUUACAGAGUAUUUUAAUUCACUGACAAACGUACAGUAUAUGGGUGUGCUUUGGAUGGUGUAAAGCAGUCUUCUUAAGUGCCUUACAUUGUCUUGUGAUUAUUCUGAAACUGUCAUUGUCUGAAUGAAUCUUCUUACAUUCCACUCUUCACUUAUUCCUAUUUUGCUUAAUCGUCUGCAUAGCAUCAUGUAUAAACAGAGAUGCUCCAUGUAAGUGACUUCUCUUAGUUCAUCCAUUCUCUGAUGUCUUUCAGAAGUGAAGUUCUGCUGUUCUUUGCUGUUUAUGCAAAAUAAAGUAGCUGGUACGCUG